AUGAAUACCAACGCAUUGCGGGCGUAUUUUAGGGCGAAAGGGGAAAAGUUGGAGGUUUGGCGUAUCCGGCUAGGAGCUGGAGCUAUCUAUAACCGUCACAGAGUAAAACCUGGCAGACCGAGUUCGGUCUUGCGCUCAAAUAUAUUUGAUGUCGCCGAACACGAACGGCUACGACGUGAGGCUGUUCCCUCAUCGAAAGAAAUUACUACGGCUGAGGAUGCGGCACCACAACUUACAGAACAACCCGCAAACGUGGAUGCCGCCGUGAAUACCCCAGUUGUGGUUGAUUCAAGCGAUGAUGGAACAGUCGCUCAGGAAUUUGAAUUAGUGCAUAUGAGGAGUAAAUUGGAAGAGAUGAUUUUGGAAACACGCAGUAAGCCUAUCAAAAUUCGACCGCGACUUAUCCGCAUAACUUAA